UUCCUCCUCAUCACGCUCGGGAGAAUUCACCAGACGCGCGAGAACCUCCGAUCGAAGCAAUAAUCGAGCCGAGUUAGGAUCCAUAACCCAUCAUCCAUGGAGACCGCCACCGCCACCCAGGGCCAAGGCCUCACCCGCCGCGCCGUCGGGGACGCGGACGCCACGCCGGCGCGGAUGCCCGGUUCCGGCGCUCGCGCAACCAGCCGGGACCCGAAGAGGAAGCUGGGCCGCGCCAAGCGGGGCCUCAGGUCGCUCGCGGCCGCCGUGACGGUCUCGGCCGCGCUCACCGCGGCCGCCUUCUACGCCUCCGGCGCCGGCUCGUCGUCGGGGACGACCAAGGCGCCGUCGGCCGCAAUGGUGGCCAUCGCGCGGGCAGGGUCGGUGGCGGCGGAGGCCGUGAUGGCGCUGGCGGCGUGGAUGGUGUGGGCGGAGGGCGGGCUCCACGGGCGGCCCGGCGCGACGCUGGCGCCGUUCGCGGCGCAGCUCCUGGCGGCCGCGGCAUGGCCGGCGCUGGCGCUCAGGCUCGGGGCCGGGUGGGCCGGGAUGGCGUGCUGCGCCGCCAUGGCCGCCGGCGCCGCUGCGUGCGUCCGCGGGUUCGGCGGCGUGAACCCCGUCGCCGGCGACCUCGCCAAGCCGUGCGUCGCCUGGGCCGUGCUCCUCGCCGUGAUGAACUACAAGAUGCUGUAGAGGGAGGAAAGACAGACAGAGGCUUCGCGAGUUGUCGUGUGGUGACACGUUGGGUGGCGAGUUUGUGUAUGUACACAGUGCACGCGUGCGUAGUUUCUUGUAUCUCGUCGCGAAAUACUGCUAUCUUUUUGUGUACUGUUGUUUAAUACAGUAUCUACAAUUAAUGUACUAUGUACACGUAAAUGUGAUCGUGUUUAUGUUUGUUUUUUGAAA